AACUCAUAACUGUAUCUAUUGUCCUGUCAAAAUGAAAACAUUUCAAACAGAAUUAUCCGUUUUGUCAUUGGCCUGUGUCUCUGCAGGAUCAUUUCCAAACAGCAAGACAAAUGUACUGCAGCAAAUUCAGCAGUCUGUCUCUUAUCUUUAGUGAGGGGUUAUCUGAGGGGAGACAGCUGUUUAUCAGUCUGCUGCACAUCACACUCGCCGCCUCUGACGAUCACGUUUGCUUUUAUAAUGGAUUACCAGCUGCUUUGGUCAAAUUGACCGACCUCCAAACUGACAGCUUUCUUGUACAUGACACAGUGUCUUUGUAGAUAACCUUAGUUAUUUUAACACGGCAAGAAAUUAUUAAUAGUACAUGCAAAAAGCAUAGUAUAUAAUAUGUCAUAAAGAAAGUCCUUUCUGGGUAUCUUGAGCUAUAUUGAUACAUCAGUGUAUUGGUUGAAUAUGUUUUUUAUUGAUGAUCUGAAACGAACCAUUCCCAACCUGUUGAGAUCAGAGUUUGUGCUUCCUGCUCCCCAAGUCAACCUUCGCCUCUGACCCUUUACACCCUCACCUCCACCUCUACAGCCUGUGUCUGGCCACUGUAACCAUGACGACAGGGGGGUGUUGCCACCUGCCUGGCUCUCUGUGUGACUGUGCGAGCAACACUAGCCUGUGGAAAAGCGUGGAGGAAACGGGUGGUGACGCGUGCCAGGCGCUCUACGUCACCCAGGUCACAGCCAUAGAUGGACGCUUGCUCUCGUCUGUGCUCAAACCAAUGAGCACACAAAGUGAUGGUCCCAUCUGUCGUAUUUGCCACGAAGGCGGCAACAGUGAGUGUCUCCUGUCUCCAUGCGACUGCACAGGCACCCUGGGCACGGUGCACAAGAGCUGCUUGGAGAGGUGGCUGUCAUCUUCCAACACCAGCUACUGCGAGCUCUGCCACACAGAGUUCAGCAUCGAGCGCCGACCGAGGCCUCUCACAGAGGUAACAAAGUGGCUGCGGGACCCCGGCCCUCGUAAUGAGAAGAGGACGCUGUUCUGUGACAUGGUGUGCUUCCUGUUUAUCACACCCCUAGCAGCCAUUUCAGGCUGGCUGUGCCUGAGGGGCGCUCAGGACCAUCUUCAGCUGGGGAGCUGGUUGCAGGCUGUGGGCCUCAUAGCACUCACUAUUGCCCUCUUCACCAUCUAUGUCCUGUGGACCCUGGUAUCUUUUCGCUACCACUGUCAGCUGUACACUGAGUGGAGAAGAACAAAUCAGAAAGUACGUCUUCUCCUUCCUGAAGCCAAGGACUCUUCCCAGCAUUCCCUGCUCUCUACCAAACUGAUGAAGAAGUCUGCCAAUGACGGUAUAGUGUGAGACCAAAUGGAGACUGUUGAUGAUAAAGGUGUCUUUAAUGUGCGGGGGCUGAUUGUCGCCUGCCAGCUAGCCUUUAAAGAAGAACUUGUGGACUUUUUUUGUUGCUUUUUACAAAGAAAAAGUCCUUGCCCCAUCAGUAUUUAAUUAAAAAAACAAAUCUGCCCUCCCGUGGGUGCAGAAAUGAGCACAUUUGAAAUGGAGUCUGGGUGUUGACCAAGCUUAUGCAAAGGCUCUGAGGAACUGGAGCCGCACAUGGGGAUGUUGCAGAGACAUGGGAACAGUCUUUUCAUCAUGGAUACGAUGAUUUAAAUAACAGUGACGGUGGAAUAAGAAAUGACCAAACUAACUUGUUUAGUGGACUGUGAAAUGUUUUGAUUAUUGUUCUGCCUGGUGUCAACAACCCAUCCAUUGUCCACAGAUAAAGUCAUAUCUGGGCACGCCCUUACCUACAUAGGCCUUGCCUUCUCUGCACAACGUUGCCCAUUAAGGAGCUCUUUCAAGCAAUUAUUGUGUGAUCCCAUAUUAAUCUUACAUCUUUGAUUUAUCCACAAUCCAGAUGCCACUUUGUUGUGUGAGAUCAAACAUUUAAUUUUAGCACAAACUAAUUGAACUUCUUUCACGGUUUUUCUUUUUGUUGGUCCAUCUGUUUUAACAUCUCAUUGAAGAACGGGUGGCGGCACAGCAUCAGUAAAGCCAGAGUGUGCAAUAAAUCACUGUGGACAUCGAGGUACAUGAAGAGACCUCUCCCUACAUGCACAGUUAUGCAUGCAAGCACAGUUUUGCAGGAUUUUUUUAUUUAGUAGUAUUAGUGUAAAUCAUUUCUAAAACUAUUUCUACCGAAGUAGGGUUUAACAGUUCUUGUGUUAUCAGCACUUAGCGAGAAUUACUUGUAAAGAUCGAAACCCCAUCAAAUUGGCUGUGAGAGGAACAUUUCCCCAAGUGUUGUUGGGUUGCUGAUGCAUCCUUUUACUGCCCGUUAAAGUAUUUUAAUUAUUGCUUGUUGGUUGUGUUUUAAACCAUACACAUCACCAUUUUCUGUGCUGGUGUUUCUGCCAAUCUAACAUAAACUUUACCCGCCAACAAUGUCUUUCAUGGUGGGUACAUUAUGCAAGCACCACUAAGGCUUUCUCCGACUUUAGCUUUGUUUUGUCUUUUCUUUCAAGGAAGUCAUUUGAUCCUUAUGUGCUUUUCUAAAUCCAUUUGAUGGAUGUCAACAUUGUUUGGGGUGCAAACCUGCCCUCCUCUUGUUGUCACGUUACGUUGACUGGACUCAUUCGGGUCUGUUGCUUUGGUGGGAGAUUAGAGAACAUUCUCUUCUCUCUUCUGCAGUUUAUUAAUCAAGUCACUUAUAGUGUCGGGAAACAAAGCACAGUGUCUGCCUGGUUUCCAGAUGUCCUGGUCAUAACAUGGUCCAGUUUGUUACUGUAUUGAGUUAAUGUAAAGACGGUUGCAGUAACAUGUGAACACACAGGGGGAUCAUUUUGAAGAUUAAAAACUACAACCACAUGUAGUAUUGAGAGACACCGAUGUUGUUCAGCCUAUGGUCUAGAUAAAGGUUUCAACACUUUGCCUUUUUUAUUUUUUUUUUAAAGCAACACUGUUUUGGGGUGAUUCAGGCUUCAAGCCUAUGGUUCAGUAUUAUUCUGCAGAUUUUUACUAUUUGUAAGCGUUUCAUUUAUAACUGUGCAAUUCUGUGGGGUGCAAUACAAAGUUACAUUAGCAUUGGAAGCUAUGAAGCGAGCUUAAAACGUGUCUAAAGAUUAUUAUUCAUUUUAUGACAAAAUCACAAGUAUUGGCUUUUUAGAUUAGUGUUUUUUUUUCCUCUCUAUUCAGUGGAAUGACAUUUAUAUUUUUAUUUAAUGAGUGAUCAUACUUUUGAUUAUCAUACUUUUAUUAAUGAUUAAUGGUGAUUAACAUACUGAUCAUGAUUUGUUUGUUCUAUGUGCUUUUUGUUAACUUUCAAAGUAAGGGCACGGAUCCAUUUCGCAGAGACAUUCACUAUUGGCACAUGCACGUGUGCAGAAGCCAAAAGUCUAGAUUUUAUGCAUACUUGUUUGUUAUUCAUGUGUUGUUUUUUUUAAUUUAAAAUGCAUAUGUAUUUACUUUUAUAACAAUCAGGCUUGACCUAACAACAAAUUAAAUGUUUCCUCCUGCAAUCUGAAUUUUCAUGCUUCAGAAACCUUGUGAUUUUGAAAUGACUCAAGUUUGGAGGCUCUUCAGGGUUGUUGUAAAACAUAAGUCAUAGUGACAGGGUGCGUCUCAGUAGAGCUGUUUCAGAAGGAAAAUGACACCAUAUCGUCGUGUUGAGCAACCCUGCUUCACCGUUUGACUGCUGACUGGCAAUAACCGUCAGCAGUGGGUGUAAAAGUUAUUUCCUUGCCCUGACCUUUUGUCUUCAAUAACAUUACACUUUGGUUCCUUUAGCUCCUGGUGGAUUGUCCCACAUACUGCCCCAGUUAAUCUGGUGUUUGUGUUUUUAACUGAUCUCAGAACAAAGGAUUAUAUACUGCAAUUGCUGCGGAGCCUUACAAGCUUAUGAGUCAUUUGCUCAUCCAUGUGUUUACUGUUUGUCAUGCAUGAGGCUUUACUCAAGUAUUGGGAUCUGACUUGUAGCAAUGUAAAGGUGCAGUUAUUCAACAAACAACUGAAUUUGUAGGUCAAUGCAGAAGAUGUCUGAGCAUCUAUGAUACUUAUAGUAUUGGGCGUUUGUACAAAGUUGCCUACAAAGUAUGCAACACUGCUCAUUCUUUGGCUCCCAGCAGAUCCUCAUAUCUCCAAAGAAUGUUUAACCAUAAUAACAAUUCAAAUCAUUGUUUUCUUUGUGGUUUAUUACAUCAAUAAACAUGUAAAUGUUACUUCUGUUGUGUUAUGUUGUCUAACAUGUGUGUAAUGUUUCUACAUGUAUUUCUUGGAGGGCGGAUAUGUUGAUAUGUAUUAUUUGUGUCGCAAUUCUUGACUAUUCACAUUUUUAAAUGCUACAAUGUUUAUGGCGUGCUGUGGGGGGGAAAAUGAAGAUGUCUUCACCAAAAUACCGGUACCUGCAAUUAGCCAAGAAUUGUUUGCAAAGCAAAUAAAACAUGAUAUAUUAUGGGUGAACAAUAA